AUGCCCCAUGACUGGUCAAAGUGCACAAUGAUUCCGAUAUGGAAAAAUAAAGGCGAUAUUGCAGAUUGUUCAACGUAUUGGCCAAUAUGGUUGAUGAGCCACGCUUUGAAAAUCUUCGAAAGAGUACUUGAAAGACGACUUCGAGCAAUCAUAGAGUCGUCAUCCAAUCAGUGCGGAUUUGUAAAGGGUGCCGAUACCGCUGAUGCCAUCCAUACUGUACGGAUAGUGAUGGAGAAGUACAGAGAAGAACGAAGAGAGCUGCACGCAGCGUUAUUAGAUAUGGAGAAAGUUUUCGGCAAGUACCUCAUGAUGUCAUAUGGUUAUUACAUUACACAGUUAUGGAUGCAGUGUGACGGAAGGUCUCAAGCGACAGCCUCCAUGGGCUCUCUGUAUGCAGACGAUGUGGUGUUGAUGGCAGAAAACAAAGAACUUGAAGAAGAAACACAGAGAUGGAAGAACCAAUUAGGGUCGUACGGCUUGAAGCUCAACACAAAGAAGACAGAAUAUAUGGAAGUUGGAGGUCAAACUUCAGAAACCAUAUACGUUGAUGAGAAGCCAAUCAAGAGCGAGUACAUUAAAAGAAGACAGAAUAUAUGGAAGUACCUAGGAAGUUGCAUCUCUGGCGAAGGAGGUCUUCAAGAUGAAAUAUCUGCCAGGAACGCAUGCUGGAUGAUAUGGAGAACCCUCACAGGAGUUCUAUGCGACAGGCGAAUGCCAGUGUAA